CCCAACAUGCCUCUGGCCCAGCAGCACCACCCAGAGACCAGGAACCUCCAGAGACUAUAAGAGGCAUCCCGCAUCUAGGUCCUGUCUAUUUAUCUUUCGGUCUCCCAUUCUGCAUUCCAAAUCAAGAACCUGAAGACAGCCCAGAAGCUUUAGCUAUGGCUAUCUUCAUUAUUUUGUCCUUGUGUAGUGUUCUGGUGAUAGGCGUGGGUGAAGGUGGGACUGGGAGUGACGAAGGAGUUGAGAGGGAAUGUACACCUGUCCAGCCUCCCCGCUGCCCCUCCGUAACUCCCAGUGCCCAGCCCUGGACACACCCUGGCCAGAGCCAGCUGUUUGCAGACCUGAGCCAAGAGGAGCUGACGGCCGUGAUGAGCUUUCUGACCCAGCAGCUGGGGCCAGGCUUGGUGGAUGCAGCCCAGGCCCGCCCCUCCGACAACUGCAUCUUUUCGGUGGAGCUACAGCUGCCCCCCAAGGCUGCAGCCCUGGCCCACCUGGACCGGGGGCGCCCUCCGCCUCCCCGGGAGGCACUGGCCAUCGUCUUCUUUGGAGGACAGGCCCAGCCCAACGUGAGUGAGCUGGUGGUGGGGCCACUUCCGCACCCCUCCUACAUUCGGGAUGUGACCGUGGAGCGUCACGGGGGCCCCCUGCCCUAUCACCGACGCCCCGUGCUGAUGCGAGAGUACCUAGACAUAGACCAGAUGAUCUUCGACAGAGAGCUGCCCCAAGCUACUGGUCUUCUCCACCACUGCUGCUUCUACGAACGCCAAGGAAGGAACCUCGUGACGAUGAAUACAGCCCCCCGAGGUCUGCAAUCAGGGGACCGGGCCACGUGGUUUGGCCUCUACUACAACAUCUCAGGGGCUGGGUUUUACCUGCACCCCGUGGGGUUGGAGCUGCUGCUAGACCACAAGGCUCUGGACCCUGCCCGCUGGACCAUCCGAAAGGUGUUCUUCCAAGGCCGCUACUAUGAGAGUCUGGCCCAGCUGGAGGACCAGUUUGAAGCCGGCCUGGUGAAUGUGGUGCGGAUCCCAGACAAUGGCACAGGUGCGUCCUGGUCCCUGAAGUCCCCGGUGCCCCCAGGCCCGGCUCCCCCUCUGCAGUUCUAUCCUCAGGGCCCCCGCUUCAGUGUCCAGGGGAGUCAAGUGGCCUCGCCAUUGUGGACUUUCUCCUUUGGCCUCGGCGCUUUCAGUGGCCCAAGGGUCUUUGACAUCCGCUUCCAAGGGGAGAGACUGGCCUAUGAAGUCAGCGUCCAGGAGGCCUUGACGGUCUAUGGUGGCAAUUCUCCUUGUGCUCUGAGAAGCCGGUACACAGAUGGUGGCUUUGGUUUGGGCCACUUCUCUUCACCCCUGACCCGUGGGGUGGACUGCCCCUACCUCGCAACCUACGUGGACUGGCACUUCCUGUUGGAGUCCCAAACCCCCAAGACCAUACGAGAUGCCUUUUGUGUGUUUGAACAGAACCAGGGCUUGCCCUUGAGGCGACACCACUCAGAUAUUCAUCCCCACUAUUUUGGGGGUCUUACAGAGACAGUGCUGGUCGUCAGAUCUGUGUCUACCAUGCUCAAUUACGACUAUGUGUGGGAUAUGGUCUUCUACCCCACUGGGGCCAUAGAAGUCAAAUUCCACGCCACAGGCUACAUCAGCUCAGCGUUCCUCUUUGGUGCUGCCCGAAGGUACGGGAACCAGGUUGGGCAGCACACGCUGGGCACCGCCCACACCCACAGCGCUCACUUCAAAGUGGACCUGGAUAUCGGAGGACUGGAGAACUGGGUCUGGGCUGAGGACAUGGCCUUUGUCCCCACGGUGGUACCCUGGAGCCCUGAGCACCAGCUGCAGAGGCUGCAGGUGACCCGGAAGCGGCUAGAGACAGAGGAGCAGGCCGCCUUCCCUCUGGGAAGCACCCACCCUCGCUACCUAUACCUGGCCAGCAACCACAGCAACAAGUGGGGUCACCCGCGGGGCUACCGCAUCCAGAUGUUCAGUUUUGCUGGGGAGCCUCUGCCCCAGAACAGCUCCAUGGAGAGAGCCUUCAGCUGGGGAAGGUACCAGCUGGCUGUGACCCAGCGGAAGGAGGAGGAGCCCAGCAGCACCAGCAUCUACAAUUUGAACGACCCUUGGACACCGACCGUGGACUUCACUGACUUCAUCAAUAAUGAGACUGUUGCAGGGCAGGACUUGGUGGCCUGGGUGACAGCCGGUUUCCUGCACAUCCCACAUGCAGAGGACAUCCCCAACACGGUGACUGUGGGGAAUGGUGUGGGCUUCUUCCUCCGACCCUACAACUUCUUUGACCAGGACCCCUCCUCUGAUUCUGCUGACUCCAUCUACUUCCGGGGGGACCAGGAUGCUACGACCUGUGAGGUCAACCCCCUGGCUUGCCUCCCCCAGGCUGCUGCCUGUGUCCCUGACCUCCCUGCCUUCUCUCACGGGGGCUUCUCUCACGAGUAGGCAGUGCCUGGGAUGGGGAAUGUGUCCGGGGCCCCAAGAUCAAGGUGUUGGGUAGGGGGAGCAGUGGGCACUGGGCCAGGAAGCCUGGUGCCCUCUUCUCCUUUCUCACACCCUGAGGUCCCCUCCUCCCUGACCCCCAGUUCCUCUCUCUCCCAUCUCCCUCCUUUUCAUCCCCCUCUCUACUGAGAGCAUCCUGAGCCUGUGGUGCCUGAUACACAGGGACUCAGCUUUGUUGCCACCAAACCUGCUGUGUUCCCAUCCCAGAGAGGAGAGGAAUGGCUAGCUGGGAGCUUGGAGUGAUGGCCAAGCUUUUCCCCAGAAGACUCCUGUUUUUCUAACAAUUUUUUAAUCUUAUUUUUUAUAAUGAGAUAUAAUUCAUAUACCAUAGAAUUCACCCUUUUAACGUGUGUGUAUAAUUUAGUGAGUUUAGUAUAUUCAUAAUUUUGUGCUACUAUUGCCACUGUCUAAUUCCAGAACAUUUUCCUCACCCCAGCAGGAAACCCCGUAGCAAUUGGCAGUCACUUCCUACUUCCCUUCAGCCCCUUCCCAGCUCUGGGCAACCGCUAAGCUUUCUGUCACUAUAGAUUUGCCUAUAUUCUGGACAUUUUGUAUAAAGUAAAUCUACACAACAUGUGGUCUUUUGUGAUUGGCUUCUUUCACUCAGCAUAAUGUUUUUGAUGUACAUCCAUGUUGUGUCAUAAAUCAGUACUUCAUUC